GCCUUGAUUCUGACGUUUUGUUUCCAGACGAACAUAUUCAGCUGUUACUCAACCAAGGAAACGUGUGUUUAUAUUUUCCAUGCAACUAGAUUUUAUUGGUUAUGUGAUUUGUUAUUAAUCUGUGUGUAGUAGUAAACCGAUACUGACGAAAAUUUACAGAAUAUACGUAAUGCAAUUGCGUCCAUUUGAGUGAUAUUUUUCAGUAAGUAAUCCUGUCGGACAAGCUCGUUAGCUCUUUUUAGUACAUUCUUGGGCUAGCAAGCUAGUCACAAUGACGAUCAAGCGACAAAAGAAAGCCAAGAAAAACAUCAAUUUCUACAAACACAACUUCAGUUUUAGAGAGCCCUUUCAAAUUCUCAUCGACGGGACGUUUUGCCAGGCGGCUCUGAAGAAUAAGAUUCAAAUCAAAGAGCAGAUGCCGAAAUACCUCAUGGGGGAGGUGCAACUUUGUACUACAAAUUGUGCGCUGAAGGAACUUGAAUCACUGAAAGACCUCUAUGGUGCCAAACUCAUCCUGCAGCGGUAUCAGGUUAGGAACUGCAAGCAUUUCAAGAACCCUGUCUCUGCGUCUGAGUGUCUGCACUCCAUGCUGGAAGGGACCAAUUCACACCACUACUUUGUUGCCACACAGGACCAAGAGCUGACAGCAGGCCUGAAGAAGAUCCCAGGCGUGCCUCUUAUGUAUAUCAUCUCCAACACCAUAGUGUUGGACAAGCCCAGCCAAUGCUCGGUUAACCAUGUGGAGGCUGUGGCUCUGGGAGAGAUGGUCACCCCAGCCCAGCAGCAGAGCAUCAACAGCCUGAAGGAGGUGCAGGGGAUCGGGCAGGAUGGAGAGCGCCGGGGCAAGAAGCGUAAGAGGAAAAUCUCCAAUCCCAACCCGCUCAGCUGCCUAAAGAAGAAGAAAAAACAGCCACCGACGCAGCCUCUUAAGACUGAGGGUGAGAAGAAGAAACGGAACCGUCAAAGGAAACGUAGCAAACCAGAGGGAGGCAAGGGUCCAUCCCUCAAACCGCUCCCAAACACUUAGUGUGGUGGGAAGAGACUUGUUUUGCCAGGGCAGUAAAAAUAGCUGCUUUUUCCCCCCCCACUGUUCCCAAAGGUUGAAAUUUGAACAGCUGAAUAUAAUAAAUGUAUACCUCUUUAC